GUGAUGCUGAUGCUACAGUUACAGACACAGCCCCCGCUGGCGCAGCCUCUCUGAUUCUCUCUCCCUCUCCGCGUCCAGCGCUGGGCUUUUUCAGACAAGUGCAUCUGCUAACCAGGUCACAUUUCAGCCACGACCCACCCUCCGUCAGUCACUGAAGUCAGACCGCAGGAGGAGGGCUGAAGAGGACCGCAGCGCCUCGCCAGCGGCGCGUUGGAGGAAAGGACAUCAAAUCCUGCAGAAGUCGAGAACCCCCCAGGUCCAAGCCCAGACCACGAUGAGCGCUCCGGGCUACGGGCGGCUGGCGUUGCCGCUGCUGUUCUUCGCAGUGGUCGCCUUGGCUGAAGGCGACGCUAAGGGGCUCAAGGAGGGCGAGACCCCCGGCAAUUUCAUGGAGGACGAGCAAUGGCUGUCGUCCAUCUCGCAGUACAGCGGCAAGAUUAAGCACUGGAACCGCUUCCGAGACGAAGUAGAAGAUGACUACAUCAAGAGCUGGGAGGACAAUCAGCAAGGAGAUGAAGCCCUGGACACCACCAAGGACCCCUGCCAGAAGGUAAAAUGCAGUCGCCACAAGGUGUGUAUUGCCCAAGGCUACCAGCGAGCCAUGUGCAUCAGCCGCAAGAAACUGGAGCACAGGAUCAAACAGCCGGCUCUGAAACUCCACGGAAACAAAGACUCCACCUGCAAGCCCUGUCACAUGGCCCAGCUCGCGUCUGUCUGUGGCUCUGAUGGCCACACCUACAGUUCAGUGUGUAAACUGGAACAGCAGGCAUGCCUGAGCAGCAAGCAGCUGGCAGUGAAAUGUGAGGGGCCCUGUCCCUGCCCCACGGAGCAGGCUACUACGUCUACCACUGACGGCAAGUCAGAGACCUGCACAGGGCAGGACCUGGCCGACCUCGGGGAUCGACUCCGUGACUGGUUCCAGCUCCUUCGUGAGAACUCCAAGCAGAAUGGCUCAGCCAGCAGUGCAGCCAGCCCCGCAGGGCUGGACAAGAACCUGGGGGCCAGCUGCAAGGACUCCAUCGGUUGGAUGUUCUCCAAGCUGGACACCAGUGGAGACCUCUUCUUGGACCAGACAGAACUGGCUGCCAUCAACCUGGACAAAUACGAGGUCUGCAUCCGCCCCUUCUUCAACUCCUGUGAUACCUACAAAGAUGGCCGUGUCUCGACCGCCGAGUGGUGCUUCUGCUUCUGGAGGGAGAAGCCCCCCUGCCUGGCAGAACUGGAGCGCACACAGAUCCAGGAAGCAGCCAAGAAGAAGCCAGGUGUCUUCAUCCCGAGCUGUGAUGAAGACGGCUAUUACCGGAAGAUGCAGUGUGACCAGGGCAGUGGUGACUGUUGGUGCGUGGACCAGCUAGGCUUGGAGCUGACCGGCACACGCAUGCAUGGGAACCCUGACUGUGAUGACAUCGUGGGUUUCUCAGGGGACUUUGGAAGCGGCGUUGGCUGGGAGGAUGAGGAGGAAAAGGAGACAGAAGAGGCAGGAGAGGAGGCCGAGGAGGAGGAGGGUGAGGCCGGUGAGGCAGAUGAUGGAGGGUACAUCUGGUAGAUGGCCCUCAAGGGCCUCGGCAGGCCAGGGUGCCGACGGCCGGAGAGAUGGGCCAGAAGAGACCUGGAAGACAGCAGGCAACUUAGCAAAUGGAUCCGGAAGUCAGCGUGAAGGACCCUGGCUCCAGCGGGGAGAACUGGAGUGGAGAGUGAGGCAUGUGUGACUGGUGUGUGUGUAUGUGUGUAUGUUUGUGCAUGCGUGUGCAUGUAUGCUGUGUGGGUGUGUCCUGUGCUGACAUGUGUCCUUGAUCCAUGCUGCUCCAGGCAGUGAGUCACCCAAAGGCCCCUUCCUUCCUGUAGUUCCUUUUCUUUUCCUUUGCUGUUGAUUUUUAAACGCACACGUCCACACACAUGUCCACAGUAAUGGGCCAAAAGCAAUGGAAUGAGACACCCCGAUUCUGUCCCUCAGCCCAACUCCUGGUAUUCCUCCCUGCUUAGUUAGCGCUACCUCCCCCUGCCCCUUCCUGCCUUUCUUCCUCCAUCUUCUAGGGUCAAAGAGAGGAAGGGAGGGAAGCUGUAGGCUGGGCACCCUCCCCAAAUCAGGCUGAUUUGGUGCGAAAGCCCGGCCAUCUUCUGGUGACAAUAGGCAGGACGCCACACACAGCAAGGCGGACCCGUCUGAUAUCUGAAGGUCUAGCUGCAGGUAUGUCCAACCAUGGUCCUUGGACUGCCUCUGGUUAAGGAUAGUUAUCAAUGUGGCCCAACCUGUAAACUUACUUAAUAAGACAUAACUUCUUUGUUGUUCUUGUUUGUUUGGUUUGGUUUGGUUUUCUUGGUAACUCGACCGAGGAGUUCUUGAGUGUCAGCUUUGUAGAUGAUAAUGGUCAGUAUCCAAAGGCUGAAUACACCUAGUAGAUCAUCUCCCAGGAAGCCACAGAUAGCCCAGGAGAACAGGCAGGGGCAGUGAGGAAGGGAGGGGAGGAGCCUCUAUGCUGACCUCAGAUUAACCCAGUCAGCACCUGUUGCCUCAUGGGGACCUUGGAUGCUUUCUUGACAAACGGGGGCUGUCAUCUUGUAGCCGAGCUUGGACGCGGCCUGCUCUGAGGUCUUUCUGCUGCUGCCUCUGUCCCCUGGAUAGGGCUCCCCUUGUCUAAGGAGUAGAGGACCAGAAAGCAGCAUAUGUGUGCCCACCUUCUCCUUGACCCUCGAAGGAAAUGGUCCCUUCUUGCCCAGACCAAUAGAAAGGCAUGUCCCUGAGACCCUAUGUGAGGAAGUAGUGUACCCUGAGAUAGCCCUGGAGGAGAGGCGUCGAAGCCACUGUCCUCUCAACCAUGGGUCUCCUCUGUCUCAAGUGUCCCCAAGACAACCAAGACACCCUAGCAGAGCUACACUAUUUAAAGCCCUUCAGUAUAUAUGAGUAGAGGGGACACAUUGGGCAGCUAGGCUCUGAGGCCAUACCUCACCAUGUCCCCAAACCUCUAGGCCCAAGGGAGGUCCUCUUACCCAGAUGCCCUAUGGGGUUCUUCUGCAUGUUUAUCGUUUCCCAUUUCUCCCUUUCAGUGGAAAUUUCUUAAUAUAUAUUGAUGAACAAUUUCUUACCUGUUCUUGGGCCUCUGAUACCUUUUGGUACAUGCGCAUGUGUGUGUGUGUGUGAGCGUGUGUGUGUGUGUGCGUGUGAGCGUGUGUGUGUGCGUGUGCGAGCGUGUGUGUGUGUGUGUGUGUGUGUGUGUGUGUGAGAGAGAGAGAGAGAGAGAGAGAGAGAGAGAGAGAGAGAGAGAGCACCUGGGGGCCACUCUGAUGGCUAAGGAGGAGGCUACCUGUGUGCUGGGGUGCUGGGAGGCUGGGCAGCUCCUGGUGCUCUUGUGCUGAGGCUUGUAGGACAAGGCCCCAGUCUGGUUCUCCCCAGCAUCCUGGGGCACUGGCUGGAUGCAUUCAUUGAGUGUUGGUUGGACUCUAGGGAAGAGCCUCCUCCUCCUCCUUCCCAUCCCUUUCUGCCACCCUUGGAACGGCCAUCUUCUUUGUCAUCCCCUGGGAGAAAUACAGAAAUGCCACUAAGCUCCGUAAAGUGCUUUUCUUUCCACAACACAGUUCUGACUCUCCCGGUGUCCCCUGAUCCCAUUCCCCGCUUUCUCUUCCUGCCCUUCCUCAGGCCUCUGCCACCUUCCUCUGGUCCCUGGCUCAGUCACAUCAGCCCUCUGCAUUCCAGAAGCAGCCUCUGCUCUUCCUUCUUCUCCUCCUCUUCCUCCUUCUCCUCCUCCCCAUCCUCCUCCUACACCCCACCUCUCCUCCUCCUCUGGCUGGAGUUACUUGAAACUUCCCGCUCUCGCUAGGCUGGAGUCUGAUUUCUUCCUCUGCCCCAGCUGGAUUUCCAGAAUGUCCCUGGGUUGCUGUGAAGGAGUUUAGGCUCUCUGGGACGGAUAUGGGAUUACAGAGGAAGAAGCAUCCUCUACUUCCAUUCUGCCCCCUCCUUCGGGGUGGGGGGAGGGCUUGCUGUGCUCUGUGUAUCCCUGGGUCUUCUGGUUGUGUAUCUGACUUUGUAAAUAUGUUCAGAAAAAAGCAGAAGGGGGGUUGAACUCGCCUGUGGCAGGCUUGCAGGGGUCCUGAAGCUUGUCCUUCUCCAGUGCCCCCACUACUGCUUUUCACCCCAUUGAGACGGAGCCCCACAAAGGUAGGCAUAGCAGCUGUUCCUGAUGGGGCUGAUGAUUCCCAGGUAGCUUCUGGUUAAGCAAGCUUCAGGUUUCCUCAGGAACAAGGUCACAAGUUAGGUGACUGUCAGUCCUGUGACCUCGUCAUUGCCUGAGUUGUCUGCCCCUCCUGGUUCGGUCCCUGCUCUCACUCCCUUGGUGCAGGCAGGGGAGUUAGGGGUACGUUGACAAGAGUUCAACCAAAUUAUUGUAGAGCCACAUCUUGCAGGGACCCUGAAACUGCCCUACUGGGAGCCUCCUGGGUCCCUGGCUGGUGGGAAGGAUGGUUCGGGGUGGGGCAGGUUGGGGUCGGAGGGAAUAAACGUGCCUUGAGAGACCACUCAGAGGUCCCAGGAGUAAUGGGGGUGAAGCUUAGCCUGGGGAGCUCUGCAAGGGAGAAUGUUGGUGAGAGAGAUGUGGGACAUCUUGACGUCCCCCCAGUGUCCCACAGGGGUUGUGACCUCACGUGAUGGGUGGGCACAGGUCCUUCCUUCCUCCAGUCCCCACCCCUGCUUUGGGUCGGCACCUUUUUGACCUGUCUUGAACUCUGCUUCCGGCUUCACCGCUGAGUAGGUGGGCAGUGUCUUUUGGUAUCACCUCACCAGAAGCCUGAGCCCACAGCCCUUGGAGAAAACCAGGGGCCCAUCUUUGACACCUGGGUCAUAUUGGGCCUCCUGGCCUGCCGUUGUCCCAGAGGAGGACCAGGGAUUGCAAAAGGAGAUUCAAAAAAUCCCCAACAAGUCCCAGGCAGAGCAUCCCGCUUCACAGCCCGCGUCCUACUUAAACUGUCUCAUGUGCAAUAACUGAGCUUAGAGUUAAAAAUUGUGGUCCAGUGCUUGGGUUCUGUCUGUAGAUUUAAGUGCUGACAUUGUAUCUCUCAGUAAUUUUAGAUGUCUUUAAAAAAAAAAUUGAACAAGUGUUAGACCUGUGUGUGCGUUGAUGGGCACUCAAGCGUCCUGUGGGUGACCCCACUCUCUCCCCUUCUUCUGCGCCACAUCCCCUCAUGCCCCGCCCAUACCCACCUGCCUCCACCUGGGGCUCCUCACCUUACCGUGGUCUUUAUCUGCCUAUUACUCAGCCUAGGGAAACAAGUUCACUCUACACAUGCAUAAAGGAAAGCAAAUGUUAUUUUUAAGAAAACGGAAAAUAAAAACUUUAUAAACACCA